AAUCAGUUUGUCAGCGGAGACCAGACAGAGUGAAGUUUCUUCUUCUUACACGACAGAAAGUCACUCGCUCACAGAUACAAUUCAACUCUUCUCUCUCUUGUCCGAGAACCAAUAUCAAUCAAAACCCCCCCACCCCAAACCCAGAAACUUCAUUUGUUUUACCUUCAAAUUCUCUGCUUUUUCUUUUAAAACUACUUGACAAAUACAGUUUAUAUAUUUGAUUUUGAGGAUACGAACCAGAUAUUUUAUGGGGCUGUAAGGUUUGGAAAAUUUAAGGAUUCAGAUAUGUGGGAACUGUUGUUUGAAGAGUUUUAGAGUUUUGGGGUCAUCUUGGUUUUCCUUAGUGAUUAAGUUUUUAGUCAUUCAGCUAAAUUUUAAAUCUUGAAGAGUUAUGGUCAUAGUGGGGUCUUACUUUUGAAUUUGAUUCUUUCACAUUUGGGGCAUUUGUUUGCUGAGUUGUCAAAUUAGGAUAUUAAGAACUAUAAUUUGGAGGAUUUGGUGGGUGUUUAGUAAUCGAAGAUUUGCAUUGGGUACAAUGGGGAGCAAUGGCGUUGAUCAUCCACUGAAAGAUUUGCAAGAGGAAAAUGUUGGCAAUAGCAGCAAUAGGGGAGUGCUUAAGGACUGUGAACACACAGAUGAAGUAGAUGAAUCAGUGACAGUGGAAUAUAGGUCUUCUGAUGAGCAAUCCUUUUCAAGUUCUUUUGACGAGGAAGAGAAUCACAAGUCAAGUUCAGAACGGAAGUCAUCAGUUCUAGAGAUUUCCAAGGCGAAAGAGUUGAGUGUCACGUCUACUCCCCGAAAAGGCUUGGAUCAUUGUAUCACUGCACCUGUUGGCACUCCUAGAAACCUGUUAAUUGAUGACAAUGAGAUUACAUUCUCUAGGUCAAUGACAGAGAAGAAGACCCCAAGGCAUGAUCUAAAAAUAGAUAGACUCUCAGAAACUGAAAAGGUGAUUGAGAGACUUACACGAUGGAAAAAACUGAUUGUGAACUUUGUCAAAAUUCAAAAUGACGGAACAGUAGAAGUUGAUCUAGCUAAAAGUUCACCUGUAGCUUCAGAACUGUUAGAACUUUCCUCCUUUGAAGGGACAUCUUUCGAUCUUGAUGAUACUUAUUUCUAUGAAACCAAUAAAUCAAUCCCAAGGUUGAAAAUUGCCAUCCUUGUGGUUGGAACAAGAGGAGAUGUACAAACUUUUUUGGCCAUGGCAAAGAGACUUCAGGAGUUUGGUCAUCAUGUUAGGUUGGCAACUCAUGCUAAUUUCAGCAGCUUUGUAAAGUCGGCUGGCAUUGACUUUUAUCCUUUGGGUGGUGAUCCUCGGGUUUUGGCUGGAUAUAUGGCCAGAAAUAAAGGUUUUAUCCCAUCUGGACCUGGAGAAAUAUCAAUACAGAGAAAGCAACUGAAGGCCAUUAUUGAAUCUCUUCUUCCAGCAUGCACGGAGCCAGAUAUAGAAACGGGUCUGCCAUUUAGAGCACAGGCAAUCAUUGCAAACCCACCGGCAUAUGGACAUGCUCAUGUUGCAGAAGCUCUUGGUGUUCCCCUUCACAUAUUCUUCACAAUGCCUUGGACGCCAACAUGUGAAUUUCCUCAUCCAUUGGCACGUGUACCUCAGAGUGCUGGAUACUGGCUUUCCUAUAUUGUUGUGGACCUACUGAUAUGGUGGGGCAUAAGGGGAUACAUUAAUGACUUCAGAAAAAAGAAGCUGAAGCUUGCUCCUAUUGCAUACUUCAGUACAUACCAUGGAUCAAUAUCUCAUUUGCCAACUGGCUACAUGUGGAGUUCUCAUCUUGUGCCGAAGCCGAAAGAUUGGGGUCCCUUGGUUGAUGUUGUUGGUUACUGUUUUUUGAACUUGGGGUCAAAGUAUCAACCUCAAGAAGAGUUUGUGCAGUGGAUUCAGAAAGGAUCGCAACCCAUAUAUAUUGGAUUUGGAAGCAUGCCUCUUCAAGAUUCCAGGAAAACAACAGAUAUUAUUUUGGAGGCAUUAAAAGAUACAGGACAAAGAGGAAUAAUUGACCGAGGUUGGGGAGAUCUAGGGCACUUUACAGAAGUUCCUGAGAAUGUUUUCCUCCUGGAAGACUGCCCUCAUGAUUGGUUGUUUCCUCAAUGUUCUGCCGUGGUUCAUCAUGGUGGUGCUGGAACCACAGCCACAGGACUUAAAGCUGGGUGUCCAACAACCAUAGUGCCAUUCUUUGGAGAUCAGUUCUUUUGGGGUGAUAGAGUACACCAGAGAGGGCUUGGACCUGCACCAAUACCAAUAUCGCAGCUCAGUGUCGAGAACCUUUCAAAUGCUAUAAGAUUUAUGCUCCAGCCAGAGGUGAAGUCCCACACAUUGGAGUUAGCGAAAUUGAUAGAAAAUGAAGACGGUGUUGCAGCUGCAGUUGAUGCAUUUCACCGGCAUUUACCUUCGGAGCUACCAUUGUCUACCACACCCUCGGAGGAAAAUGAUCAUCCAAACGCUUUACAGUGGUUCUUUCUUCAAAUUGGAAGAUUGUGCUGCCUUCCUUGUAGUUUGUGGAAUUCAUAGACUAUCUUACAGUGUUUGUACAGAUGAGUUAUUUGUUAAUUUUUUUUCCCAAUUACAUCAUUUUUUGUGAGUGGUUUUUCAUUACAUUCAUGGCUUUGAAAAAAUUUGAGAAAAUGGAACUGCAUACCAGUGUAGAUUUCUGCCGUAGAGUGUGUAAUAGCAUUAGGCUUUCUUCUGUCACCAUUUGUAAAAUUUAGAAGUUAUAGUACUGAUAGAUUAAGCUUUGAUAAUAUAUACCUUUUCGUUGGUUGUUUAGUUCCUUUUCUUUUGGUCAUUAAUUGCAUUGGCAUUUCGC